GGAGUCCCGGCCCGGCUCGGUCCCUGGUCCCACCUGCCGGCCCCGGGGGGCCGAGCCCCGGCCCGCCCGGCUCUAACCCGCCUCCUCUCCCGCGCAGGGCGGCGCAGGCAGCGCCGGGCACCUGCCCCCCGGGGCUCGCCAUGCGGACAACGUGAGCCGGCCGGGCGGGCGGCGAGUCCGGGGCCCGGCCAUGGCCCCCGGGGCCGGCUGAGCGCCAGAGCCCGCCGGGGAUGCGCCCGCACCGCAGCCAAGAGGGAGCGGACUCGAUGCCCGCCAGGGACCGGUGCCCGGGGCCAGAGGGAGGCGCGUCCCAGCCGCGACCCCCGGAGCAUGGUCCGCAGGCUCCCGGCGCGCACGACAGGAUGGAGCAGACAGCGGGGGGGCCGGCCUCCCCCCCCACGAGGACUCUGCGCCAAAGGCCCAGGGAGGGGGUGCUGUGGGGUGCCCUCGCCAUCCUGUCACUGCUAAGCAGCGUGGCCACGGGAACCCCGCACACCUGGCACCACAACACCACCCUGGGGGCUGCACCCACUGCGGGCGGUAUGGGCACCACCAGCCCUGGAGCAGAGGACAGCCUGGAGGCACCGCUCGCCAAAGCCUGGAGCCAGCUCUCCGGGGACAACAUGACGGCAGCGGGGCCCGGGGAAGGGGAGCUGGCCAAGGACCUGCUGCUCCGGGCCGAGCGCUCACCCCUGGGCCCCGCCAAAGGCAAGAAACCAGGCCGGCGCAGGGACGGCCCCAACUGCACCGUCCGCAGGCUGAUGGUGAAGGUGCGGGACCUGGGGCUGGGCUUCGACUCGGACGAGAUCGUGCCCUUCAAGUACUGCAGCGGGUCCUGCCACCGCAGCCGCAGCAACUACGACCUGACGCUGGCCACCCUGCUGCAGGAGAAGGCCAUCAAGCCGGGCCCGCUGGGCCACGUGGCCAGCCACCCCUGCUGCCGGCCCACCCGCUACGAAGCCGUCUCCUUCAUGAACGUACAUAACACCUGGCAGACGGUGGAGAAGCUUUCUGCGGCCGAGUGCAAGUGCAUUGGCUGACUGAUCUGCAGGGGUGGUGCCCGCUCUAAGCCCACCUGGCACUACCCAGACUCGGGGUCCCAUGGCACAUAGAGAGCGGUGGGGAUAGGCAAAGGCUGCAGCGGUGCCAAACCUCCCGGAGGAGCAGCUCAGUGGGGGACGAGAGUUCACCCGGGCCUCCCCCUUCUGCUGCAGCCGAGCGGCAGCGGGACCCCCAGCGUGGGGCUGGUGGCAGCAGGGCGAGUCUCGUUGCUUCGGCUGGACACUGCCCCUCCCUCCCAGUCACUGGCCUCCUGCCAGCUGGGGCUGCCAUUGGCGACCCGGGAGGUUGCCGAGCACUGGCUGGGAGCCUGCCAGCCGAGUCCUGCUCGCUGCUCUGCCAUGUCCACUCAGCAGCCGCCGAGCUGCCCACUCCAGUGCCAAACAGCCAGCCUCGUCUGCCUGGCAUGGCCUCCCCAGCCCUCCCUGGAGUGCCAGCUGCAGGGCUGGCGUCCGCUCCGGUCCCAGCUCAACAACGGGCUUCCGGGGUCCCCCUGCCCAGGCUGGUGGCUGGUAACCUGAGUGCAUCUGUUGCGGAGUAAGAUGUGUGCGAACCCUCAGCCCCUGUGCGCACUCUCCUGGCUCAGCUGCACCCCCAAGCACACGGGGAAGAACUGCCAGGCUGGGUCCUUGGCCGCAGGGGCUCCCUGCUUGGUCCAGAGCCCUGGGGGAUGCGUGACCCUGCGGGGGGCUGCCCCCCGGCUCCGGCUGGCUCUAGCCCGGCUGCAGUGCGUGGGAGGCAGCUGGCCCCAGGGCCCAGGCUGGGGCAGUGUGAGGAGGGGCUGUCCCUAGCCUAGAGGCUAUGCUGACCUCUGAGCCCCUUGCUAGAAUUGCCCCCCAUAAAGGGACAGGCCCCUCAGUGUGCUUUGGGGUGCACCCUUCAUCGCUGCUUGUGGCCUGGCCCCUCUCCCUGGGAUUUAUACCCAGGAACCCUCCGCUCCUGGGGUGGCAGUUUUUUGCCCCUGUAUUUCUGGGGGAAGAGCUGCCAGUGCUGUGGGAGUGAAGUGGUGCGGGGGCCUCGCAAACGCUCCCCACCUCCUCCCACCUGCUGGCAGAAGCUGGAGCUGAGUGUCCAGCCCAGCAAAGGGGGCAUAUGGGGCUAGAAACCAGGCAGGCUGAGCCCGUCCCCUGGCAUCUUAUCCUGUCCCUCUAGAACAGGGCAGCGGGGCGGGGGGGAAGGCAGUGAGCUGUCCUGGGGGGCCCAUUGGGGAGCAGGGUGGCUGCAGCAGAGGACAGUGCUGGGGGCCCAAGGCCUGCUGAGAGAGGAGCAGGUACCAGCCUGGGGGUGCAGGUGGCAGGGGCUCCCCGCAGGUGCUGGAAUCUGGAUGGGUGCAGGCACUGCUGCUGCCCCAGCCUAGGGCAGAGGCCACAGCCAGGCACGGGCCCCCACUGCUGUGGGGCUGGGAAGCCUGUGUUUGCCCCCAUGGGGAGCAGCGUCAGCUGCCCAGUGCUGGUGCCCAUGCAGGGGAACCGGGCCGGCAGGGCACCCCCCGGCCAUGCUGGGCACUGACUAUUUAUUACUCUAAGUUAUUUAUUUAUUGGUCUUGAGCGGCGGCUCCUAUUUAUGACAUUGGGCUGGACAAGGGGGGGACAAGGGGGGUCGAUGUAAAGCUGCUGCUAUGGAGGCCUGGGCCUGUGGCCAGCAGUCCCAUGCGAGGGCCCCCCCCUUUAUAUUCUUCUGACCCGUAUUUGUAAAGUUGGAUAAACUCUAUUUUUGUACAGUUGCAUUUUUCUGUAGCAAUAAAGUGAUGGGCCAUGUGGCUGA